CCGCGCUGUGGGCUGCAUGGCGUUUCGGCAGGCGCUGCAGCUGGCGGCCUGCGGGCUGGCAGGCGGUUCGGCCGCAGUUCUUUUCUCAGCGGUGGCGGUGGGCAAGCCACGUGGAGGCGGGGAUGCAGAGCCGCGAAGUGCCGAGCCACCGGCCUGGGCAGGGAGUGUGCGAACGGGGCCCGGAGUCUGGGACCCCAACUGGGACAGGCGAGAACCACUGGCUUUGAUCAACCUGCGGAAGAGGAACGUGGAAUCUGGAGAAGAAGAACUGCCAUCCAGGCUGGACCACUACAAGGCCAAGGCCACGAGGCAUAUCUUUCUCAUCCGGCAUUCUCAAUACCAUUUGGAUGGCUCCCUGGAAAAGGACCGCACACUGACCCCAUUGGGUCGGGAACAGGCUGAACUCACAGGACUACGACUUGCAAGUUUAGGAUUAAAGUUUAAUAAAAUUGUCCAUUCUUCCAUGACCCGUGCAGUAGAGACCACAGACAUCAUCAGCAAGCACCUUCCAGGUGUCUCCAGAGUCAGCACAGACCUCCUACGCGAGGGUGCCCCCAUUGAGCCAGAUCCACCUGUGUCUCACUGGAAGCCGGAGGCUGUGCAGUAUUAUGAAGAUGGAGCCCGGAUUGAGGCUGCCUUCCGGAACUACAUCCAUCGGGCAGAUGCCAAACAGGAGGAGGAUAGCUAUGAGAUCUUCAUAUGCCAUGCCAAUGUCAUCCGUUACAUUGUUUGCAGAGCACUGCAAUUUCCCCCAGAAGGUUGGCUCCGCCUCUCCCUCAACAAUGGCAGCAUCACCCACCUGGUGAUCCGACCCAGUGGCCGUGUUGCACUGAGGACCCUUGGGGACACAGGGUUCAUGCCUCCUGACAAGAUCACCCGGUCCUGAGGCUACCCAUGAGUCUGUACUCUCUUCAGCUGGCAGCAGCCUUCCCUUUCUUGUCUAGGCUGUGCUGCAGUUCCAUGUUGUUGCCUGCAGAAAGAGACUGGUGGGACAGUAGAAUAUCUCAUCUGCCAUGUUUGGGUGCUUAACUUUGGGCCCAGGCUGCAAAGGGAAAUUUUCAAGUCUGAUGGCUUUUUUGCAAGCUUUUCUAUUUUACUGUGCCCACCAGCACAGCCUUGUGGGGUGUGGGACAAGAACCUUCUCAGACAAGGUAAGCCUGUCCUGGGGACUGAACAGCCCUGACUGUGUCAUCUCCUCAGGGGACCAUAGCAGAGCUGAGAUGCCCCUUGGCUCUGGCAGAAAACUGUUGGGAGAACGAAUAAGGUUUUGUUCACAACUCAUUUCACAUGAUUUUUUUCAUUUCUAGAAACUUUUGUCAAUCUUACUGUCAAAAUUCUCCUCACAUGGGUUCAUGAUUUGAAAACCAACUUCUCAGUUCAGUUAGAUCUUGAUGCCACUGUAUUUGAACUUAUUGAAGAGCACAAGGACUGGUACAGCCGGACCUCAGCUGUGAGAGAAGUAAGGGUAUAAAAGGGUUAUGGCUUGUGUUCACCUCAUGGCAGACAUCAGGGUAGGGGUUC